GCGCGCGCCCCAAACGGGGUCACAGGUGACCCGGAAGUCGAGUUAAUGAAGGCACACGGGCAGAGGUUCCACCUGGAGGCGCUGGCGGGCCGGGGCUUCCGACGUUGCCGUCGGGUGUCCGUUUUGCCUCCGCUGGCGGUCUCUGCGUCACGGGGAGGGCAAUGGGGCUGGGCUUCCGACGUUGCCCCGCUUUGUGAGGCACGUUGAGGGCCGCGCUCUCACCACAGAGACCGUCACUGCGCCUUUGCUCGCACCGUGACCCCGGCCAUGACUCCCUUUUGCUGAGACUUGCUGUUGUCCCCCGAGAACCUCCCGAAGCGGCUCCUGGUCUUAAUUCGGCCGGGGGCUCGGGCGGGCUGGCGGGUACGGAUCUCAGCUGAGCCCGCUGAAACUCUCCGCCAUCUGGUUCCGAUGGCAAAGGAGGGGCAGGGCCCGGUGACCUUUGAGGAUGUGGCUGUGUAUUUCUCCCGGGAGGAGUGGGGUCUCCUUAAUUUGACCCAGAGGAGCCUGUACCGUCAUGUUAUGCUUGAGAACUUUGCACUCAUUGGCUCACUGGGUUGUCUGUGUAGACUGCAGGAUGAGGACGCCCCUCACGAGCUCGGAGAGAGCUGCCGAGUCCGCCUGCCAGAGAAGCCCUCUCUGUGUGGGAUGUCUGGACGGGCCUUCCCUGCCGCCUUAGGCUUCCUCCAGCCCCAGGCUGCCCGCAGAGAGGGGGCGCCCCGCGGGAGCCCCGAGUGCAGCAAGGCCUGCCCACCCGGCUCUGCUCACCAGCGGCAGCAGGGUGGCCACGCGGUGCAGACGCCCUUCCGGUGCAGUGACUGUGGGCAGGCCUUCCUCCAGGCCUUCACGCUCCUCGAUCACCUUGUCGCUCACGCCAGAGAGCGGCCCUUCAGGGGCCCAGCAGGUGGAAGCAGCCCGACGGCGAACUCAACCCUGGUUCCUCACCGGAACGCUCACCCUGGAGAGAUGCCCCACGUGUGCAGUGAGUGUGGCAGGGCCUUCAGUUACCCGUCUAAACUGAGGAAGCACCAGAAGGUUCACACUGGCAUCAAGCCUUUCAAGUGUGCCGAGUGCGCGAAGACCUUCAACCGCAAGGACGCGCUUGUCCUGCACCAGAGAAUCCACACCGGAGAGCGGCCCUACGAGUGCGGCGAGUGCGGGAAGGCCUUCAGCGUGCUGUCCACCCUCAUUCGGCACCGGAAGGUGCACAUCGGAGAAAGGCCGUACGAGUGCCGGCAGUGCGGGAAGCUCUUCAAAUACAGCCACAGCUUCGUCCUGCACCAGAGGGUGCACACGGGAGAGAGGCCGUACGGCUGCGGCGAGUGCGGGAAGGCCUACGUGACCCGGUCGGGGCUGUACCAGCACCGGAAGGUCCACACCGGCGAGCGCCCCUACGAGUGUGGCCUGUGUGGGAAGACGUUCACCACCCGGUCCUACCGCAAUCGCCACCAGCGCUUCCACACCGAGGAGCGGGCCCAUGAAUGCCCUGAGUGUGGUCGCGCCUUCAAACACGGCUCGACCCUCCUCCAGCACAGGAAGGUUCACGCUGCAGGAAGACUGUAGGGGGCUGGCAGGCAGGCAGGAAGCCAUCGGCCGCGGCUGGCGCCUGCUCAAGUUCUCAGUCCAAAAGGGAGGCUGGGGGGAGGGGCCGUUUGCCAGCGGAACCCGACGCCCUCACCAACGGGCAGGCGCGCUGCGCUCGGGCCUGGCCAGCUGUUGGCAGUGUUGGGCCAUUGUCAGUUCCUGUGACAGAAGCCGUCCUACCGCUCUGAGCCGGCAGCUCCCGUGGUGUGCAUCAGUGACCCUAUGUGCUCUGGGCAGCCGCCCUCUCCUCCAUAAGGGACAGUCACGGGCGCUGGAUUCCAUGCGCGGCCUUAUUCCCUCCCCCCAGGCGAUUCGGGUGCGGACAUGACCUAGCUCUGGCCGACGGUAGCUGAGCAGUGUCUGCAGGGGCUUCCAAGGAAGGUUAGCCAUCUUUAUGGACGCUGUGGACGCCACUUUGGGUCCCUGUCCCGAAUUUAUCCAGCCCUGAGACUGUCUCAAGCAGCUCUGCAAUGUCGAAUAAAAACCUUUUGUGUACGCCACCCUUAA